AUGGCUGCGCUUCUCGCAAAUUUGGCGGCGGGGGCAUCCUUGAGCAGCCAUGCUGCGUUCAUGGAUAUCAAUAAUGUCGCCACUUCAAAGACCAAGGCAAUGGUUUCCGACAUGAGUUUCAACGAAGACCCAGAUGAAAUGUCUGCUACGGGGACUGACUGCAUCCGGGUCACGCAAAGCCAGCGGGUGGUCGCCUGUUUCAAGCACUUCAUCACGUACUCGACCGUGUUAUAA